GGGCCCAAAAUUUCCUUUAAUGACCAUCUUUGGCAAACACGAUACUAAACACAUGUGGCUCCUAAAAGUACCUGAAGGAGACGCCGUCUCCCUCCAAGCCGAUAGGGGGCCGUCGACUUUCAGAGCCGCGGCUCAGCUCUCGGGUAGCUCCACCCCACCCAGGGAACGUCACGACCUCCUCUCGCCGCUUCGCCAAUGCGCAGGCGCGGGAGGGAUCGCGCACUGCCGAGCCGAAGGAGGGGUCACGAACUCUGACCCCCCCACACAAAUACACAAACCCAGCAAGGUCCCUCCCCCUUUAUUUUGGAUCCCCCCUCCUUUCAGCUUUCUCCCACCUUUCCUCCUGGAACGCCCCCAGCCCAGCAGCCGCCUCGGUGGGACAGUCGGGUCGGCGCCCGACGCAGGGGUAAGGCGGCGGAGAGGCGCAGGACAUUUUGGCAUUUAGAUCAUGGCAACUAUAGAAGAAAUUGCACAUCAAAUUAUUGAGCAACAAAUGGGAGAGAUUGUUACAGAGCAGCAAACUGGGCAGAAAAUCCAGAUUGUGACAGCGCUUGAUCAUAAUACACAAGGCAAGCAGUUCAUUCUGACAAAUCAUGAUGCUUCUACUCCAAGCAAAGUCAUUCUGGCCAGGCAAGAUUCCACUCCAGGAAAAGUUUUCCUCACAACUCCAGAUGCAGCAGGUGUCAACCAACUAUUUUUUACCACUCCUGAUCUGUCUGCACAACACCUCCAGCUCUUAACAGACAAUUCUUCCACAGACCAGGGACCAAAUAAGGCUUUUGAUCUUUGUGUUGUAUGUGGAGACAAAGCAUCAGGACGUCAUUAUGGAGCAGUAACUUGUGAAGGCUGCAAAGGAUUUUUUAAAAGAAGUAUCCGAAAAAAUUUAGUAUAUUCAUGUCGAGGCUCAAAGGACUGUAUUAUUAAUAAACACCAUCGAAACCGCUGUCAGUACUGCAGGCUACAGAGAUGUAUUGCGUUUGGAAUGAAACAAGACUCUGUUCAGUGUGAAAGAAAACCCAUUGAAGUAUCACGAGAAAAAUCUUCCAACUGUGCUGCUUCAACAGAAAAAAUCUACAUCCGAAAAGACCUUCGUAGCCCAUUAGCAGCAACUCCAACUUUUGUAACAGAUAGUGAAACUGCAAGGUCAACAGGACUGUUAGAUUCAGGAAUGUUUGUGAAUAUUCAUCCAUCUGGAUUAAAAACUGAGUCAACUGUGUUGAUGACACCAGAUAAGGCUGAAUCAUGUCAGGGAGAUUUAAGUACAUUGGCCAGUGUGGUUACAUCAUUAGCAAAUCUUGGAAAAACUAAAGAUCUUUCUCAAAGUAGUAAUGAAAUGUCUAUGAUUGAAAACUUAAGCAAUGGUGAUACCUCUUUGUGUGAAUUUCAUCAAGAAAUGCAGACCAGUGGUGAUGUUUCAAGGGCAUUUGAUACUCUCGCAAAAGCAUUGAAUCCUGGAGAAAGCACAACCUGUCAGAGCUCAGUAGAGGGCAUGGAAGGAAAUGUACACCUGUUUGCUGGAGAUUCAAGCAUAAAUUGCAUGGAAAAAGAGGGGCCGCUUCUCAGCGAUUCACAUGUAGCUUUCAGGCUCACCAUGCCUUCUCCUAUGCCUGAAUACCUGAAUGUGCACUACAUUGGGGAGUCUGCCUCCAGACUGCUGUUCUUAUCAAUGCACUGGGCACUUUCGAUUCCUUCUUUCCAGGCUCUAGGGCAAGAAAACAGCAUAUCAUUGGUGAAAGCUUAUUGGAAUGAACUUUUUACUCUUGGUCUUGCCCAGUGCUGGCAAGUAAUGAAUGUAGCAACUAUAUUAGCAACAUUUGUCAAUUGUCUUCACAAUAGUCUUCAACAAGAUAAAAUGUCAACAGAAAGAAGAAAAAUAUUGAUGGAACACAUCUUUAAACUACAGGAGUUUUGUAACAGCAUGGUUAAACUCUGCAUUGAUGGAUAUGAAUAUGCCUACCUGAAGGCAAUAGUACUCUUCAGUCCAGAUCAUCCAGGCCUAGAAAACAUGGAACAGAUUGAGAAAUUUCAGGAAAAGGCAUAUGUGGAAUUCCAAGAUUAUAUAACCAGAACAUAUCCAGAUGACACCUACAGAUUAUCCAGACUCCUACUCAGAUUGCCAGCUUUGAGACUGAUGAAUGCUACCAUCACUGAAGAAUUGUUUUUCAAAGGCCUCAUUGGCAAUGUACGAAUUGACAGUGUCAUCCCACACAUUUUAAAAAUGGAGCCUGCAGAUUACAACUCUCAGAUAAUUGGUCACAGCAUUUGAAAGCCGAGGCCAUAGUGCUAUAAUCUUUGCCAGAACACAAUAAGACACCAAAUUGCAAAGUGAACUUACUGUUUCCGGGACAUCUGGAAAUUUUGACUUAAGAGUAACCAAAAUCCAAGGUAUUUUUUAUUUUAGCUUCCUUAAGAAUUUUUGAAGUGACAGGGCAGGCUGCAGGAAUUAGAAUUUCACUUCCUGUCUUCUUUAAAUGAAUAAGAAAUACUAUGAAUAUAUUCUUGGUGAAGAUGAUUCCUAAAGCUGUCACCUCUUGAAUAUCUAAACUAAGAUCUCAUUCUAUUUUAUAAAACAAAUAAAUUAGUCUUUUUUUUUCUGAA